UGGUGAGGGGUCAGCUACACUAUCUGCAGUUAGCGCCUCCGCACGGCGGGACCCGGGGUAGAUCUGGCGGAACCGGGGUGCUGGGUUCUGUGUCACCUGCGACCGCACCUGGGGUCGCAGCACUCGAGCACCUCUGGUCCAGGCCGCGCAGCCGUGAUGCCUGCCAACCCUGAGCCUGGCCCGUGGGGCAGCGCGGGUAGAUAGGGCGGCGGGGUCUGGAGCGGGGUCCCGGGAGGGAGGGGUGGCCCCGGGUGUUCCCCUUGGGGUUUGCUGCCCCUGUCACUCUUCAGAGGACAAAGGAGAGUUAGAGAGGUCGGGCAGCUUGCCCAGGGCCGCCCAGCACCCGUCAAUGCAAAGUCUAAGUCCUACCCUAUGAAAAUGCCCCUGGAUGAAAGGUCCGUGGGGCAAACUCAGUUAUGAAGUGAAUGGAGCUCCCAGAGAUCGAAAGUCAAAGGGAAAUGGGGUAAACCGAAUGCCCAGAAUUCUGAGUGUAGACUCAUAUGGGCGCUUGGACAAACCAGGGCGGGUCUCACCUGAGAUGGUUCUGCCUCCCACCAUUGGGGACACGGGGACCGUGUCUGGGCACAUCACACUGGGGAUGCUCCUGGCUUUGGGUGGGGCCAGAGAAGCUGCUCCACACCCCACAGCGCCCAGGACGGCCCCUGAGAAUGAUCCAGCCCUAGUGUUGGCGGUGCCAAGGGGAAGAGACCAGGGCUUACGCCUCAGCAUUGUGAUUCUAGUGAUAAGAUAUCCACUGACUCCCACACGCAUCUGCUCAGGAGUGAGGAGGCAGCUGACCAUUCUGCCAAUGUCCCAACGACAAGCUCAAGGACCUGUCCCUUCCCCCUGGGGUUGCUUUCAUUUUUCGCUGCCGGGGAGCCCACAUUGGGCCUUCCCUGAUGGAGGAAGGAUGAGUUUCAGUGGUCUCAACACUGAAAGGGAAGACUCUGAGCCAGGUGCCACAGGCCUGGGUGAAUGAGAGCCUGACGGGGUCAUUGACACCAGCCACAAGGGAGGGAAUCACAUGACCAUCCAGGGGUGGGAGAUGAUUGGUCUGGAAAGAGCUCCUGGACCCAUUGCCCUGAACUGUAAAGUAAAGUCGGGAGAGCAGAGACAUCAAGGUGUCAAGAGUGCCCUGCACCCUCUGAGGGCUCCAGGGGAGGAUCCUUCCUUCCUCCUCAGGCCUCCGGUGGUAGCUUUCAGCCCUUGGUGUCCCUUGGCUUGCAAUUGCAUCAUCCCAGUAUCUGCCUCUGUUGUCACAUGGUCUCUCCCUGUUUGUGUCUCUUUUAAGGACACCAGUAAUAUUGGGGAUGAAGGAUGCUCUCUACUCCAGUAUGACCUCAUCUUAACUAAUUACAUCUGCAAAGAUCCUGUUGGCAAAUUAGGCGCCAUUCACAGCUGCUGGGGGGUCAGGACUUGAGCAUAUCUUGUUUGGGUGACAUGAAUCAGCCCACGGCAGUCAUCACCAGAAGUGCUCCUCGAAGUAAAGUAUUCUGUGUCUUGAAGAGGCAUCUGCACCCUCAACUGUGGGGCAUGGCGGGGCUCAGCAGUCUGCACCCACAGCUCCAACCACAGGGAGUCAGAGGCAGCUCUCAGGGAAAGAAUUUGCAUCAGAUUCCCUCCCCUCGGGAGCUCGCUCUGCCUGCCCAGGAAUCUGCCUGCCCAGAGGAGAGGAUGGCUUCUGGCUGCCUGCUCCCCUGGCAGCAGGAAGUGGUAACCUUGGAGGAUGUGGCCGUGUAUUUCACCGUGGAGGAGUGGGAGCUACUGGACCCUGCUCAGAAGAGGCUCUACAGAGGUGUGAUGCUGGAAAUAUGUGGGAACCUGGCCUCCGUGGAAGCCUUGAGGAACUCAAGUCCUGAGAUUGGCAUUGAGGAUGGCACAAUAUCCUCAGCACAAGCUUCCCAAGUCACCAGUCUCUCUCCAUGGACAGCAUAUUCACUCUUUCGACCAGUGGUGUCUUCCCACUUGGAGCAAGGAGAAGCCAUGUGGACCAUGGGGAAAGAAACCCUCCAAGCUUCCUGUUCAGAUUGGAAGACUAGACUGAAAAGCCAAGAGUCAAUUUACAGGAAGGAUGUUUUUGGGGAAGAACCACCUGGUACUGUGAAUAUUAUAAAGCUCCCCAGAGAGGACUGGGGAGAUGCUCAACUUGAGGAGAAGCAUGAAGAGCCCCAGGGGCUUUUAAGACAAAUGGGGUACCUCCAGAUAGAGGCAUUUACUCAAGAAAAGGCUACUGCCUGGCAUGAAUUUGGGGAAAACUGUAAUCUCAGCUCAGACCCUGUUUUAUCACAGAGAGGUUCUAUAGGGAGACAUUUCCAUGACUGUGACUUAGCUAUUGAGAGUUUGGCAUCUGAUCCAUUCUUAAACUGUCAUCAGAUGGGAUAUGCAGACCAGAGACCCUGUGAAGGGAAUGAAAGUGGAAAGGAUCUCAGCCAAAAUAAUCACCUUUUUCAACAUGGAAGAGUUCAAACAAGGCGGAAAUCUGCCUGUGCAGAAAGUUGGAAAUCAUUUAAUCAGGAGAUGACACUUACCAUACACAGCAGAAUUAAUACAGUGGAGAAAGCCUAUGAAUGUCAUCAGUGUGGGAAAGUCUUCAACCGGAGGCACUCCCUGAGUGAACAUCAGAGGAUUCACACAGGAGAGAGACCAUAUGAGUGUCAAGAAUGUGGGAGAGCCUUUACCCACAGCUCAACCCUCACUCGACAUCUGAGAACUCAUACUGGAGAGAAGCCCUAUUCGUGCAGUGAGUGUGGGAAAGCCUUCAACAGGAUUUCAUCUCUUACCCAACAUCAGAGGAUUCACACAGGGGAAAAGCCCUAUGAGUGUAAAGACUGUGGGAAAUCCUUCUGCCAGAGUUCUUAUCUGAUCUUGCACAAGAGGACGCAUACAGGCGAGAAGCCCUAUGAGUGUAAUGAAUGCAGAAAGGCCUUCAGUGACCGUUCUUCUCUUAAUCAACACGAGCGGACACACACUGGUGAGAACCCCUAUGGGUGUCACCAGUGUGGAAGGGCCUUCAGCCAGAGGUCUUCCCUGGUUCGGCAUGAGAGGACCCACACUGGGGAGAAGCCAUAUCGCUGUAAUGAAUGUGGGAAAGCCUUCAGCCAGAGCUCUUCCCUUAUCACACACCAGAAAACACACACUAGCCAGAAAACCUAUAAAAUAAUUGAUUGUGGGAAAGCUUUCUAUCAGAGCAGCCAUCUUGUUGGAUGUUAGUGGUUGCAUAUGGCUUUACAAAGUACUGCUUAUUGCUUUACCAUGCAGGUAUGUUCAGACUUUGCUCCUCUGAUGUACUCCUUGAGAAGAAGUAGGCUAAGUCCAUAUUAUGGAAGGAAAGAACUGAGGUCAAGAGUUGAGAAAGGAUCUUUUAAUGGGGAGAAAUGGUCAUUGAACAAUACUCAGUGAGCUCUGCCGUCUUGGAAAAGAUUGGUAAAUUAAAUGGGAUUUUGCUGAGAAUUAACACAGUAA